UAUACGUAAUAGUCGCGUUCCAGUUGUGUCGAAUAAAUUUCGUUGACUAUCUAGAGCGAGUACAUUAUUUUCGACACAUUUGUGAGUGAUUCGGCAUUGCGCCGAUUAAAUAUAUAUUACCCUUAUUAUUUUAAUCGCGAGAAAAGAAGGUGUAAAUAAAAUGAUACUCUGCUGCAACGAAUUUAGGCAAUGAUGCGCCAGCUGAUGCGUUUGACAUAUUGACAGUUGAUAUGGGCAGUAAUUGUUGCCCAUAUUUUCGUAUGAAACAUUUUACGCAAUUUGUUUCAUUUAACGUACAGAAUGGCGGAUAUAGAAUAUUUAUUUCAUUUAAAUAAAUACGUACGGCCUGAAUCUUUGGCGGAACUUUGUUUUCGAGUAAUCUGCAAAAAUUUAGACAUUAUCUCGGUAAAAGAGCAAUGGGAUAAAGAAAACUCUUUACGGAGCCUUUCGAAAGGAUUGGUUUUGCCGACCGACAUAUGUGAUAAACUUAUCGAAUACAUUCUACGAAGUGAUACAAUAGAAUUCCAUGAUGAAAUUUUUCAUAUAUUCAGUGAUACAUCAACAACUAAACUUAAACGUGUCAAAGUUGUGAGAUCUAACAUGACUAACCAAUCAGCGCAAAUUUUAAUAUCUCAUAAACUUGUGGAAUUAGAACUUACUGAUUGUCCUUAUGUCACAGAAGCUGCUAUUGAAUAUAUUAAUGCCAAUGCAAGUAAUUUGCACAGUUUAGCAUGUCGAGGAAAGAAUUCUUUCAUCAACCUGGCGGCAUUUUAUGAAUAUGACAAACGAGGAUAUGUGUUCAAGAUACCAAAUCUACGAAGUCUGGCUUUAGAAUAUAUUAAACUUCCGCCGCAGCAGUACAAUUUACUUUUCACUGGAUUAAGCAAUUUGACACAUCUAGAUUUAUCCAACAAUUUCUAUAUAGUCUAUCUUCAUUCUUAUGACAUGCUCCCUAAUUUAGUAUCAUUAAUUUUACAUAAUGCCAGAAUUAAUAUUCAGGCAGAAGCUUUUGUUAACAGCAUUUGCCAUUUAAAAAAUUUAAGGCAUUUGGAUAUAUCCCAACUGGAGUCUUCGCAAGGAAGAUUUGAAAAUCCUAAUACUAUCCUGUCCAACAUUGUGAAUGUUUUGCCACAAUUAACUUCUUUGGAUAUUAGUGGAACAAAUUUAGCAGGAAUACAAAUAGUAGACCGUGGAAUACAAGCAGUUGAACACUCCUCUUAUUUUGAGUUCGAUGAUAUUAGUAAUAGCAAGCAUUGUGAUAUACCAGGUCUUGCUUCCAGACUAGACAGACCUUUACAAUUUUUGGGGCUCUAUGGAACAAAUGAUGGGGCUUGUAGACGACGUAAUAUUCCAGCAAAAUUGAUAGCAGGGGAUGCAAAUGAAGACCAGAUAUUGGUUGCAGCUCAUGUUUAUAUGAAUAAUAGACCUGGUUUGUUAUUGAAAGUACUGAAUGAUCUUUAUCGCGUGUACAGAUUUGAAAAUUGUCAUAGAAUGGAUCAAGCACUUUGUGCAAUAUUAGAGGCAAUGGAAAAGCAUCCACUAGAAAAACCUAUACAAAUACAUGGGAGUGGAACAUUACUUCGUGUCAUAAAAAUGAAAGAAAAAAAUGAGUUAGAACCGCGAUUGAAAGAAAGAAUUGUUUCUACUCUUCUUACUGGAAUGAGCAUGUAUAAAAACGAGGAAAGUAUAAUGUGCAAUGUUUGCCUAAUAUUAUGUCAAUUCCGUUUACCACAGGAUAUUAUGUCAAAUUAUGAAACAUUGGUGAAACUACUUUUACAUUCGGUUAAACACACACAUCAAGGAGGGUAUAUUCAACGAAUUGGAAUAUAUAUUUUGAACACUUUGGCAUGCCAUGUAACAGGCAGAGAGAAGCGUUUAUUAGGCAACCUCGGUUGUAUUAAGACAAUGCUUGAAUUAAUACAAUAUAGAGUUCGCUUUAAAGUGUUUGAUGAUAUUUUGGAAGUAAUAUGGUCAACAGUGUGGAACAUGACCGAUGAAACACCUAUAAAUUGCGAACGAUUUUUGAAUGAAAAUGGCAUGGAGCUAUUUCGUAAAUGUGUGAAGCAAUAUAGUCACAAACAAGAAGUAUUAAAAAAUAUGAUGGGAUUAUUAGGCAAUAUAGCUGAAAUACAACAUCUGAGAGUACAUUUAGUACAAGAAGACUACAUGAUGUUUGUUGAAAAAUUAUUACAUUCUGGUAGCGAUAACAUUGAGAUACCUUAUAAUGCUGCUGGUAUACUAGCUCAUAUAGCAUCUGAUGGUGUUGAAGCAUGGACAAUUGAAAGACCAAAUAGGAAUAAAAUACUUGAGCUUAUGGUUGAAGCUAUUGAACAGUGGGAUAUAUUUUCAGAACGCCAUAUGAAUUACUGCUCGUUUGUACCAUUAUUGCGUUUGUUAGAUGUAUAUCAUACACCACAAUGUCAGCAUUGGGCAGUUUGGGCUCUUGCUAAUCUCACGACUGUUUACCCUCAUAGAUAUUGCAUAUUUGUUGUACGAGAAGGAGGUUUUGAGAAAUUAAAUACUUUAAUGUCUGAUCCAAGACCAUAUGAACGUAUAAAAGAACUUGCACAUUUUGUAAUUGAAAAUUGCUAUCAUAGUAACAACUCCAAUGAUGCAUAAGACCAUCAAUCACCUGUAAAUGUAGAAUUUGGUUUAGUCGAUUAAGAAAUAAUUUGCACUGUUAUAAUUUAAAUGUAACACCAUCUGAAGUAAAAUAUUUCAUAUUUAUACUUCUAAUCAACAAGUGUGAGUAAGAUUAUUACAACAUGCUAAAAUAUUUGUAUGUUUAUUUGCUAGAAUGUACAUUUCAAGUUGAAUGACUGCUCAAACAAUCUUACUCACACUUUCCUUACAUGAACAUUUUAUCGCAUAUUUUAUUUAUUACAUGUUAUGAAAUAUUUCUAAAGUGUGUAUGAAAGGAAUUAUUAUCGUAUCCAUUAUUAAUUAGUUGGCAUAAAAUAUUUUUGAUAUUUACAUUGGAGGACAAAAUUAUAAAAUACCUUAUUUGAUUGACACUAAUGUAGGUAUAACAAUACUUACUUAACAAAGAAGGAGAAUGAAUAUAAAAAUAAUGUUCCUAAAAUACUAUCGAGAUGUAAACAAACAGAAAGUAUCAAAAUAUUUCCCAGUAAUAUUCCGAAAUUGAGGUAGAACAAAAUUAUGAGACACUACUUAUAUUUGUGUACAUUGCCUUAGAAACCUUUUAUUGGAGCAAGUUUGCUAAUAUAAAAUACAAAAAAAAUAAAAUUAAAAGUAUGCGAUAUGGUAGAUCAUUAGCAUGGAAAACCAGCAUUAAAAACAGAAAUUGUACAAUUGAAAGCAAAAGAAGAAAAUUUAAAACAGAGAAUAGAAGAGAUCGGAAAAACUAACAACUUUUUCUUCAAAACAUCAAAGAACAGUUGUAAAAAGUGAGGUGGAUGUUAGUAGAGUACAGUAGAUCGAAAUCGAGUUUGUCGAUGGUCAAAUAAAAUGUACUGAUUUUUUUAAAUUAAUCGAAGGACAAAUUCAUAACUAUGGUAGUAGAUUAGUUGGAGAAGAUUUUAUAUUGCAGAAUGAUAACGUAAUUAAUUAUGUAACUAAAAUUAUACAAAAACUAUUUUAAUGCCAUUUAAUUAAAUUGGCCAGUACGAUCUCCGCAUCGUAAUAUUAUAGAAAAUAUAUGAAGACAACUUAACAGAAAGUUGUACAAAGGUGGUAAUCAAUACAAUAAGAUUAAUGAAUUAAAAAGAGCGAUUUUAUGUGCAUGAAUAGACUGAUGAAAUUUGCACAAAAAAAUUAUACAAAAAUUUGCCUAAUCGAUGUAGUAUAAAAUAA